AAGAUUCACUAAUGAAAUUCUCUGGUGGAGAAAUUGAAAAGAAAAAACUAGAAUCAACUUUGAUUGUUUGUCAAUUAUUGAAGUCUUUAUUUGACAAUGAUGGUGUGAUUAUUGGAAAUCCAAAAAUUGAUGAAACAAUUUGUAGAAUAUUGGUCCCAAAUACAUUUGUAAGUGAAAAUGAUGAAUCACAUUUUACUGUUCCUGUUAGUGCAAAUCUUGAUUCAUCUCAAGGUUUAUCACCAUCUACCUCUUUAUUAUCAUAUACAAUAUCUUUUAAAUCCAUUGAUAAAUUACAAAAUCUUCUACUUAAAGAUAUGUGGAAAGAUGUUGUAAAUGGCUUUAUUAGGCAUGAAAUGGGCAAUCAAAUGGGAGAUCUGUUUCAAUCAAAUGGAAGAGAAAGUUUAAAAGUAUUAUAUUCAUUAUUUGCUGGAAAUGGCCCUAAUGCAGUUAAGGAAUUUUUCCCACAAAGAAUUCUUCUUAGUCAAGCUUGCCAUUCACCAGUUGAUCCAAUAUAUUCUCAAACUUCUGACUUUAGCCAAUUUAAUCCUUCACUUAAUGCUUCUUAUGUUGCUAUCCCUGUGACAUCAGCUUUCUCACCUACACCUAUAAAUGAGAUGCAAUUAGAAUCAAAUCGUUCAUCUGGUGAUAGUCAAGCCAUUUCUGCUUUAGGUGAUUUAUUAAAAGAACAUGGCUGGAUUCAUGUUUAUAUUUUAUCACCAAAAUCAUCAAUUAAUUCUGCUUUACAACUUACUGAAAUUUAUGAAUUUGGAAUUUCAUUAACUAGCAAUGAAAGUGGUUUACCAUACUUACAGGUCUAUAAACUUAUGUGGUUAGUUGAUUGUGGCUAUUUGAAUGAAGCAAGAAGAUAUUGUGAAUCAAUUGCAAAUAUAGCAAAAGUUUAUACUAAAGGAUCACCAUAUUUUCAUGGUUGCUUCUUACAAAAAUUAAAAGAUUUGACUCAAUGUUUAUUAGAACAUGGUGGAAGCAAUUCAGAUACCAAUGAAUCCUCAUGGAUUUUUGCCAAAAAAAUGCCUAAAGCUACUUUUGAUUCUUUGUGGGAAUCACUGGAAGGAAACUACAAUACCUAUAGUAACAAUACUGCUAAUAAUGACUAUAGUAAUAAUGAAUUUGAAAAUGAUGUUGGUGAUUUGGGCUUAAGUAAUAAUGCAUUUGAAAAUGGUAAAGUUGCAAAUUUAGAAGAAAUUUCAUUUUAUUAUGAUCCUGUUCAAAAAAGAUGGGGUGGCUCAGAAACUUCUUCAACUUUAACACCACCACCACCAUCCCAACUUGAGCAAAAACAACAUCACCAACCCCCUCAGCAUCAAUGA